AAUCGAGCCUUGCACACCCACUUCCAACCGGCACCAUGGAUUUCGCAAAGUUAAUGUCGGCGCAUAUAAACAAAGCCAAAGAAGCCGCUCCUCCAGACUCUUCCGACAAGAAGUACCUUAAGCGUUCCGAGAUCGAAGCCCAACGCGAAGCUGCAUACCUUGCCGAGAAGCAAGCGGCCGAAGAAGCUCGUCGCGAGAAACUCGAGAAAAAGAGGAAAGCCGAGGAAUAUGAGGCGCACAAGGAAGCCGAACGAAGAGAGAAGCGGCGACGGCUGGCCGAGGAAUCUAAGCAGCGGAGAGAGCAAGAGGAGGAAGAACAAGAGAGACAGAGACGGAAACGAUUAGGUCUACCAGAUCUGCCGCCGAGGAAGAAAGAGGGCGAGGAUGAGGGCACUCCGGUGCCGGAUGACGAGGAUAUCGAAGAGGAAGAGUUGGUGGGGAAGCUGAGAGCUUUGGAUGAGCCGGCAAGAUUGUUUGGUGAGACGCAUAAACAGAGGUUGAAGCGGUAUAAGAAGCGUGUGGGAGCUGAUAGCCUUGCUGCGCUCAUAACCGACGGACCGAUUCCAACCACCCUUCAAUUGGUGCCGGAGAAGGACAUGAGGGUUGAAUUGAAGGUACCGAAGGAUGAGGAGGCGAGAAAGUUCUUAUUCAGGCAACUGGCUAGCUACUUCACAAUGGUACUCAAGGCGUGGGAGGUGGCGCUCGCAGGCCGCUCAGAUGAGGUUAAGACGAGCUACCAAGGCAAACAAGCGCACACUGCUAUGGUACAAGCGCGGGAGAACAUGCGACCACUAUUCAAAAAGCUCGAAAAGGGUGACUUGGAAGACGGAAUUCUAGAACCUGUAGUCGAAAUUGUGAAUGCAGCACAAGAGAGGAGGUAUGUAGAUGCGAAUGAUGGCUACCUCAGACUCAGCAUUGGCAAAGCAGCCUGGCCCAUCGGAGUCACCAUGGAAUCUUACUUUACAUACCCGCCUGAUCCAGAGUCUCCCGUCAAUCAUGACAUCCUCUUCCGACCUGGGAUUGCUCCCGAUGGAUCAGACACAUUCACACCAAGGACCCUCAUCUAUGACUUGAAGGGAGCUUUCGGCAGCAUGAGGAAGGUUAAUGCACUGUACGAGCCUGACUACAACGAGAGUCAAGAAGCGGGCGGCGUGUGGCCAUCUAAACCAAUCAUACAACGUUCUCAGCCUAUUCCCCAAUCAGCAUAUCAGGUACACCUCGACGCAGGCCUUGACCCACCCCCGCUCACUACUUCCACUGUCCGCUAUUGGUCCGACUAUUCUCGUGUGUUCUACCACCCUAAGUCAUUGGUUCAACUCUCUGAGUUUGAAGUCAACGACAAACUUAUGCCGUUCGAAAAAUGGGAUGUUGGCAUGAGCCUUUUCGAUAAGCUAGAAAGAGAGGUAGAUCUAGUUGACAGAGACCUAAGACCGUUUGUAGAAGAGUGUGAUGGCAUGCAGGGGCUACAGCUUAUCACUAGCGUUGACGAUGCUUGGGGAGGGUGGGCGAGUGGGUGGAUUGAGAGACUCCAGGACGAAUAUGGAAAAUUCAGUAUCUGGACCUGGGGCUUAGGAGACCAGGGUAGCAAUAUGGCAGUAUCAAGAGAAAUGAGACUUCAGCAGAUCGUAAACUCUGCCCGGUCCCUAUAUGCUCUUGCCGAGCACUCAUCUGUAUACUCCCCAGUCUCCCAAACUCCUCUGAAAGUGCCUUCAUAUAUGUCAAUAGAUGCAAGUUCGCCAUGGCAUACUGGCGCUCUGCAAGCUGUGGCUAUUGAAAGUAUGACGAUAUCAUCACGACUAAGAUCAUCUGACGGAAGCCGAGGAUCCUUGCAUGAUAUGGAAGACACUUUCAAUAAUACCGGCAAACGUAGGAUUGCAAAACUUGAGAUGAGCGCUGCGGACCCGGAUGUCCUCGAGGAGAAAUGCGAGGAACAAAUCGCGCAAGCCGAGAAAGUUGGUUCCGUGACUUUGAAGCGAGAGAGCGAAGGAAGAGACCAAUUGACUGAGUUCGAUAUGGAUGUAUUCACGAAAGAUUACAGGACUCCCUCUACCGGUAUCAAGCAGCAAAAGAAAGACCAUAUCUUCGGGAGGGUGGAGGCCGCAAGAGGAGAAUGGAGUAGCUCUGAGGGUAGAGGAGGGCGAGAUCCUCGCGACCGAUUCGGUGAAGGACCAGCAGUGCAAAGGUUUUCCACAUCGCUUCUUUUUCCUCUACUUGACAGCUUCCCAUCCAUAUUCAAUGUUAGGUCAGGCCAAAAUGGGAAAAUAGCAGUGUACUCGGGAUUGACGGCGAGCACAGCAGUUGCAAACCAGGUUCGAUUAAUUGAGCAGAUCGUGCGGCGAGCGGCGAGCCUUGAUGAACGGGAAACUCUCUGUAACAGUCUGCAGACGAUCGCAGAGGAAUAUGACGAGGGAUGGGCCAGUGGCAGUGACAGCGAUGAGGAUGACUGAAGGAAGCAUAAAUCUGCCGAUAUCAAUAAAUGCGACCUGUCGCUCUUCUCCACGACUGAGAUGCGUCGUCGGGCCAUGGCUCCAGUCGGAGCAGGAAAACUGAACGGCGACAGGGCGCAAGGAAGAAUUAUGCCGGGCGUCUCGUGCAUGAUGCAGACUUGGCGCUAUCGAUAACCAGCCUGUACCGAUUCGGCAUGCUUUAAUACUUUGACACCGUGUGACGGAUGCUGAGACGUCUGUAAGGCUGUCAAAACAGGUUUCCACCCCAAGCCGCAGAGACU